UAUUAUCCUCCUCCACCGGAGGGAGCCUUCGAACAUUAACAUGGCAUUAAUCCUCAGAUUUGUGCACUUUCUCUCUAUUGUAUACUCCUUGUUCAUCAUCACCACCAGAACUGGCGGCGUCAUGGCGGCGUCUCCGGUCAUCAAAGCGGGUUAUUAUCCGUCGUGGGCUUUAGAUAAUCUCCCACCUUCAGCCAUAAACACAUCAUUUCUCACCCACGUCUUUUAUGCUUUUCUUGUGCCCAACAAUGUUACCUUUGAGUUUAACAUUUCAAAUUCAGAGGCUGCAAUCCUCUCAAACUUCACCGCCACACUUCAUCACAAGAACCCCCAAGUGAAGACUCUUUACUCCAUAGGUGGCGGUGGUAUUGAGCCCAACCCUUUUGCUGCCAUGGCCUCUGCCGCCUCCUCUCGUCGAACUUUCAUACAUUCAACAAUAGAGGUUGCGCGUAAAUACGGGUUUGAUGGGAUUGACCUUGAUUGGGAGUUCCCUGAAAGCCCAAAAGAAAUGGAUGAUUUUGCCCACUUACUGAAAGAAUGGAGGCAAGCAGUCCAAAGGGAGGCUAGGAGCACAAAUAGGCCUCCCCUAUUGCUCACCGCCGCCGUGUACUACUCGGCAGACUUCUUAACCCACGGCAGCCGCCGCUCGUACCCGGCGGUUUCAAUCAAGGAGAACUUGGAUUGGAUCAAUGUGAUGUGCUACGAUUAUCAUGGAUCGUGGGAUACGUCGGUGACGGGGGCCCAUGCAGCAUUGUUUGAUCCGAAAACUAAUCUGAGCUCGAUCUAUGGGCUUAAGUCGUGGAUCAAGGCUGGAGUGCCGGGAAGAAAGGUGGUGAUGGGCUUGCCGCUCUAUGGGAAAACAUGGAAGCUCAAAGACCCAAAUCUUCAUGGGGUUGCAGCACCCGCCAUUGGUGUUGGUCCGGGAAAAGAAGGUGUGCUACUUUUCUCAGAGGUGGAAGCAUUCAAUAAGAGGACCAAGGCUACCAUUGCAUAUGAUGUGGACACUGCAUCAGUCUAUUCUUUUACCGGGACAACGUGGGUUGGAUACGAUGAUGCUCUGUCGAUAACAAUGAAGAUUGGGUUUGCUCAGGCCCUUGGGCUUCGUGGGUAUUUCUUUUGGGCCAUCAGUUAUGACAACGAAUGGAAAAUUACGACACAAGCAUCAAGGGCAUGGAUAGUUGAUAAAUGAGAUUGGAGCUUUCAUUAUUUACCCUGUUUUACCCAGCUAUUAGCUCUCGAUAGAUUCCUUAGUGUACCAUAUUUGAUUACAAAGGAACUGCAGAAUUUUUAGAAGGCAAGUCUCGUAUGCCUGCCAAGAAUAGUAUUGAAUAGGCUUCUGUGUGUUUCCUAUGGGGAAUUCCCCUUAAUGUUCUUAGUAAAUGAGUCUUUGCAAAUGAGUCAUUUGCUGAUUCA